GUCGCCGCUCGGUGCUAGUGCAAGGCAAAGCAGAGAUCCCAAUCAAGUGAUAGCGCCUCUCCCUAUCUCUCCCUAAAAAUGCAAUCCAGCGAGUCGCUGUCGUCCUCACCCCCGUCUUCCUCACCGCCGGAAUCUCCGCCGCGCUCCCCUCGUACUCCUCCGCUUCACCCCCCCAUCGCCUCUCCCUGUGCCGCUUGUAAGAUUCUCCGGCGCCGGUGCGUCGAGCAAUGCGUCUUGGCCCCAUACUUUCCGCCCUCGGAGCCCCAAAAGUUCAUCACGGCUCACCGAGUUUUCGGUGCCAGCAACAUCAUUAAGCUCCUUCAGGAGCUUCCCGAAUCACAGAGAGCGGAUGCGGUGAGCAGCUUGGUGUACGAAGCAAAUGCGCGGAGCAGGGACCCUGUCUACGGCUGCGCCGGCGCAAUUUUCCAGCUGCAGAAGCAACUGAGCGAGCUUCAGUCGCAGUUGGCGAUGGCGCAGGCCGAGAUCCUCAACAUGCAGACGCAGCAGGCCAACUUUGCGGCCCUCAUCUGCAUGGAGAUGGCGCAGUCCCAGCCGCCAAUUUCACAGCCAAGCGAUACAUUUUCCGGUGACAGCAGUCCUCGCAGCUACCAACUUCAGUUUCAGCAGGGAAACGGCGGAUUCUUUGAUGAUGCUGCUGGGGGAGCAAUCUGGGAGCCCCUUUGGACAUGAUCGAGCGAUCGAGCCCUCUGGGCUCUUCUCAAACUUCUGAUUAAUUCCGUAGCUAGAUUAAUUAAGGAAAAUUAAAGCAAAUGCAAAGCUAGGUUAUAAAUUAUAUUCUAGGAAAAUUUGAAGGGAUAGCUGAUCCACUAAAAUAAAAUUACCGGAUAAGUGAUUCAUGGCGUUGUGUAUAUCUAAGACUGAAAAAAGUUUUGAAAUUUGUAUUUUCCUUCCUUGGUUGCAAUCAUGGAGAUUUGAGGAGCAAUAUGAAAAGUGAGGAGGGUCUUAUUCUAGUGUAACGGUCAACUUUAUACUAAUUAUUGAUCUUCUUUUUA